CGCCCGAAGGUUUCGGUCCGUGUGAUGGAUUUUGAACAUUUUAAGAAUCGCUAUGGUAUAGAUGACAAAUAUCACAUCAUUGAGGUCCUUAGAGCUACGCCUCAAAUGACCGACGAGAUUCAAGAUGAAUGGAAUAGGCGAAAGGAAACAGCCAACGCAACCAAGUUAAAAACUUCGGCAGUGGAAAAUAGUAUGCCGUCCGAUAUUGAAAGGAUACAACGGGUGCGCAUCCAGUCGACAAUGAUUUUGGGCUAUCUCAGCCACGUAGCUGGCAACCUAGGGUGGGAUAUUGAGAAGCCCAGGGUGUUCUGCUGGCCGUUCAGGGCAUUAAGCCACUACUACCCAGAAAUGAAGCAACAUCUCGACAUAUUGGAAGAACGAUGGGGAGAAGCUACGCCACCAGAAGACUUUGGAUAUUUUAAGGACGCUCCAGCUAAAGAAUAUAGUAGCGAUGAUGAGUAUGCGUCAGUGGAUCAAAAGAAUAGCGACAAUAGAAAAGACGGAGUCAACAAAAAGGCUAUCCUGGAAGAUGAAGAUAACACCGACACUGACGCAAAUAACGGCGAUGGCGAUAUCGACAUCAGCGACCCUAAGCUGAAUGACCCGACAGCAUUGAGACACAUGCGUUGUUACAUAAAAUUCAUGGAACAAAUAAUUCUGCCUCUCGAGCAAGCAACUAGGGAUUAUUUUGUGAAAAGUGGAAGAAUCAAGUCAAAUGAUCUGUGGCAUCUGUUUCAGAUUGGAGAUAUCAUCUGCGCCCCUUCUAGAGCAAUCUCACAGCAGCAAACGGCGUUUAUCAUCUAUCGGAAAGCGAUACCGCCCAUUGCAGACGAUUACCCAGACGACUUCAAUAAUCGUGGUUUGAUAAUAUGGUGCUAUUACGUCGACAACGAUGGAAACAGAUAUGACAUGGUGGAAGAAAUGUUCAACAUUGAUGGCUAUGAAGGCGAAAAAACGAUUACCAGCCUUCCAAUAUUCCCGCUUCAUUAUGCACAUGAUUAUGAACCACGGCUCACGACACUGGAAAAGCAAGGGGAACAUUUUAAGGCUAUGGUCAAGGAAAAGCACGUAUACUGCCAAGGCUGGACAUUACCAGACAACCCAAUAGGAAAAAAAACUGUGGAAAGGCAAAAUCUUGCUUACAGCCCGCCCGAGUAUGUUGACAGCGACGUCAUCAUUGACAUUAAAGAGGCUUUAAAUCAGAAUCCAGAUUGGAAAUUGGGAUUUGGAUUAAGUUAUGGAGUUUUAGGGGACGAUCCGUGGCUAAAUGGAGAUGAUAAGAUGGAAAUAUGCCAUUGGAAUAGUGACAAAAGAACGCAGCUUCUAGUUUCCAGACCAGAGAAGAUACAGCGAUCGGAAGGAGUCGGAGACGCAAUGUUCCAAAGGUGGGAGGAAGACACAAAUCCAGCAGGGCCUCAUGAUAUCGAGGAUGGGAGAGGCAAUAUAAUUAGAUCUGCCUCUCUUGUCUUGCCCCAUCGUUUCUUCGCCUACGUCCUCCGCGAUAGAAGGUUCGCUAGUGUUGAUGUCAUGACAAUGGAGAAGAUCCCUCCACAGGAAAGCAUCUUUGAUGACUUGGAGAUUGACCACAAAAACAAACAGAUGGUCAAAUCCUUGGUGGCGUCUCAUUUUGAAAAGAGGGAGCUACAGAAAGCCAGGCCAGGACUUGGCUCUAUGAACCAGGACCUAAUCCGCGGCAAGGGGCUGGGCCUUUUCAUUCUUCUACAUGGCGUCCCAGGUGUUGGCAAAACAGCGACAGCCGAGGCGGUAGCGCAAGCCAAUGGCAAGCCUUUAUUUACCAUCACAUGCGGUGAUCUGGGCUUUACUCCAAAAGAAGUUGAAGAGGAGCUAAACGGCAUCUUUCGACUGGCAAAUCUCUGGGAUUGUGUGUUGCUUCUUGACGAAGCGGACGUAUUCUUGGCAAGACGAGACUCUUGGAAUUUGAAGAGAAAUGCUCUGGUGUCAGUAUUCCUACGAGUUCUCGAGUAUUAUAGUGGCAUCCUCUUUCUAACAACCAAUCGAGUGGGUACCAUGGAUGAGGCUUUCAAGUCUCGAAUCCACGUCAGUCUAUAUUAUGAACCAUUGACGCUUGCCCAGACCGAGAAGAUUUUCGAGGUCAAUAUUGAAAAGCUGAAACGAAUGGAGCUAGAAAGGGAACAGAAGCUUGCAGGAACUGGUAUUAGACAUCAGAAGCUCAUCAUUAACAGAGACAGUAUCAUGAAUUGGGCUCGAAAUUACUACAAGCAGGCACAAAUCACGAGCGAGUCCGCGCAGUGGAACGGCCGGCAAAUCAGGAAUGCUUUCCAGAUUGCCUCGUCGCUUGCGCGCUAUGAUACGGCCAAAAGUGCAUUGGAGAAAGGGAAAAUGCCCAGCCCAGUUCUCAACAGGAAACAAUUCGAAAUGGUAGCUGAUACGAUUAACAAAUUCGAUCAAUACAUGCAGUUUGCGACUGGAAAGGCAGAUUCAGAU